AUGCCCUUCGAGUCUGUGACGCUCAACGAUGGCAAUGAGAUGCCUACAAUUGCCUUUGGGUCUGGGUCGAAGUGGAAGAGCCAUGAUGUCACGGACUAUGUGAUCCAGGCCAUAGAGACGGGCUUCUCACACAUCGACGCUGCCCAAGCUUAUGGCAACCAAGACAGCGUCGGAGCGGCCAUCCACGAGAGCGGGCUCAGCCGCUCUGAGCUGUUCAUCACUUCAAAGUGGUCCCGGGAUACUACACCGAUUUCUGAGGCUCUUCAAGAGAGUCUGACUCAGCUUGGUGUGAAGCAACUGGACUUGUACCUCAUCCAUCAGCCUGCUAUCGUGAAGAAUGUGGAAGAGGCGUGGGGCACGUUUGAGAAACUCAAGGAAGAUGGCUUGGUGAAGAGUAUUGGUGUCAGCAACUAUGAGCUAGACGAUCUGCAAAAGCUCAUAAAGGUUGCCAAAGUCAAGCCUGCUGUGAACCAGAUUUAUUUCCAUCCGUACAACUACACCGAGAACAAGGCUCUACUGGACUACUGCACGUCGCAAGGAAUUGUAGUGGAGGCAUACAGCAGUCUUGCCCCGAUCACCCGCUACCCAGGAGGCCCAGUCGAUAAACCAGUCGCAGCUGCGGCGAAGAGGCUCGGUGUGACACCAACACAAGUAAUCCUAGCAUGGGUAAAGGCCAAAGGUCUAACGAUCGUAACCACGAGUUCGAGUAAGGAGCAUCUGGAAGAGUAUCUCGCCGUCGGUGAUCUUCCUCCUCUGACUGAAGAGGAGAUUGCCGCGAUCGACGAGGCGGGCGCGAAUGCUCCUGCAACGCUGUUUGGUUACCAGUUGCCGAUCAGGAUUGAGAUUGGACCCGCUCUCUGUGCGCUGUGCGUAAUGGGCGUCGGGAAGCUGGCAUGGCGGGCGUUCACGCGGUACUGGCACUAG